AUGAACUACCACGAACUAUUCUCUCAUGCGGCUCAGUUCAGAAAUGUUGUUACCUUCAAUAAUUUCUCAGGUUUCGUAAUUGCUCGCGAAUAUCUUGAGAAUUACUAUAAAAUUAAGCAUCCCGAUGAAGUGACACAAUAUAACUUUUACAGAUUUCUAUUGAAAAUUAUUCAGGGGAGCGAUGAAUCAAUUAUAAAUAAUAUAUUUGAUCCCAACUGUGUGCCUUCUUCCCUUAUGCACCUGAUAGCUGAAAAGUUGCAAACAUUUAGAAAUAUAGAUUAUCUCGUCGCUUAUGUCAAUCGAAAUGCAAUUAAACAGGUUUUUGCUCGGGAUACUGGUGAAAUGGAAGAUCCAACUCUUAUCACCUUUCAUUUGAGCAGUCUUGUUGGUCAAUUUAUGCGCAAAUUUGUUAUUGCCUUCCACAUGCUGCACUUUGAUCAGAUCAGCGAAUUCAUUAACGCCUUUUACGCUCACUACGAUGUAGUGAGAUCUCCAUUUAAUCCCGAAUCAGGAGAGGAUAAUUUGAACAGUUUUCAACAAGUCGAAGCAUAUUGUGAGGACAUCAUUGAAAAAUCUGGUCUUUUGGGAGCUCUUUCUCGUUCGAAGUUGGAAAAAUUGAUUCUUAACCUGGAGUCCUUCGUAAAACGCUAUCCCGAUAUGUUUAAAGCACGCUACGCUUUACACUUACUGGCUGUACGUCGCGGUAACCUAUCGGAGGCUGAAUCACAUCUCUUCAAGGCAUUCGAAUUGGCUGUUUCUACUCCCAAACCGGAGCUUAAUGAUCUUGUAGCAGAAAGGAGAUUUAUGGACGGUUGGACUCGUAUGACCCUAGGAGCUGCGGAUAUGCACUAUAAAUUCAAUCAAAUCCCACAAGCUCGAUGUUAUCUUAACCAAGCAUUAGCUCAAGCUCUUGAAACCAACGAUGUUGUUUGUCUGCGAUUUGUCCGGAUGGCUCAUGAAGUACUGAAUCCUUUUGGAGAACCAUUCAAAUUCAGAACGCCAGAUCCUACAAAUGCCCCGGCAUCUUCAGACCUCAAACUUGCUGAAUUGCGUAACAAAUUGUUCCGGCUCCUUGGAAACGGAGGAAGUCCUAAGGAAUACAAUUAUGGUGAUGAAUUGUUCUUCCAAUAUGUCUUUUAUUUCCCAAGAGUUCUUCUGGCCUAUUUUAAUUCGGAAAUCUCCGCCCACCCACAGGCUCAAUCGACUCUCCUCUUAGACCUCUCCUUUGCCUUCUCCUACUAUGGACAUAGCAUAAUGGCCACCACGCUGUUGCAGUGUGUCAUCAAUUUAGAGUGUCUUUGUCCUUGCGCCAGCUCAGACUAUGUCCUGGCCCUAUCAAUUUCCCAAAUGGCCAGAGUCAUUGCUUUAAGGGGUUUACCAGCUGUAGCAGUGAAUAUGCUCAAAACCGCAACUGAAUCGAUCGGUUUGUUCUCAGAGAGGGCUUAUUUUGAACGGGCUCGUGUGGAGACGCAGCUGGAGCAGUCAUUCCGUAUGGAAAGCAACUUGGACCACUGUGAUCGACUUGCCAGUGAUCUCGCUCUUUUCUGUCCGUGGGAGUCUCAUCUGAGGCGUGCCAAACUGGAACUUAGGCGGGGAAACAAGUCCCUAGCUAUGGAUAUUCUCCAAGGCAUAGCGGAGAGAGCGAGGGAGCUGAGAUCGACUACAGGCUUCGAUAAGGACGAGGUGACACGUUCGGAGAAGUUGUUCAGAGAAGCAGGCGACAUUAAUAAGGACGUUCUCAUUAGGACUCUUGAGCCACCACUCACUGGUGCUGCUGGUGCUCUGCUGCUAUUUGAGAUUCGAGCUAGAAUCGCUAUGUCGGAGCUCUUCGCUUGCAACAAUCAAUACCUGGAAGCAAUGAAACAAUUAGUUUCCGCCCUUAGACUCAGCCAACAGCAUUAUCUACAUGUGCCAAAAAAUGUUUGCAUCAUCCUGAUCUCCACACUUGUCACUUUAUCAGAUGUGGCUCUGGAUAAUCCCCUUCCUGAAGAUCUGAGCAUUUAUGAUGUCUUCACAGAGAUCUGUCAUCAGGCCGAACCGGCUCUGGCAAAAAAUUUGAUCAAUUUGAAGAUGUGGCUUUUAUUUAUAGCGGGAUGUUCUAAUGUGAAGGAAUCAUGGAGAAAACAUCUACAGGAAAGUGCUGUCUUCUUCGGUGUUACUGGGGAUAUAUUCAACCUGCGGAGAAUCAAAAAUAUUCUUGUAAGUUGA